AGGGAUAGCAGCGAAGCAAAAGGCGGGCCGUGCUUAUUUCGAAAUCAUCCCGACCCACCUCUUUCACCGUCUCCUUUUCUCUUCUCCACUCAACUCUCCUUCCUUCCUUCUCUCCCUAUCGGUCAGUUUCACUGCCUGUUAGCUAACUCACCUUUUCUUUCUUCCCCCCGCUCUUUCUCCCUUCUUCCCCUCUCAUGGCGAAUUCGAGCCAACAUUCCAUCUCUACACCCCAUUCUUCGCAAUUCCACUUUCAGCUUCUUCAUUCUCAUUCUCACUUCCUAAAUCAGCAUCAAUCUUCUCCUUCUUUUACGCCUGAGAAUCCGCUAUUCUUGUCAUCUUACCCACGCUCUGCAUUCGCUGAAGUUAUGUUGAAGCAAAAUAAUGAAAAAGACAAUCAUGAGGUUCAGUAUAGUGGACAAGCAACUUUUCCCCCACAUUCCAAAUUAGUUGCUGAUAGUACACUUGAUCCUCACUCUUCCACUGGCAGUAAGCGUAACAGUGGAUCAAAGGUUCCAAAAGAUGCCAAAUUUGAGACGCAAAGAUCAAAUGCUGAGUCCAUUCAUGGUCUGAAUCCAGCAACUGGUUGUCGAUAUGACAGUUCUUUAGGCCUAUUGACCAAGAAAUUUGUCCAAUUGAUCCAGGAUGCCAAGGAUGGCACCCUUGAUCUAAACAGAACCGCUGAUAUGUUGGAGGUCCAAAAGAGGAGGAUAUAUGAUAUCACAAAUGUUCUAGAAGGAAUAGCAUUGAUAGAGAAAACAUCAAAAAACCAUAUACGGUGGAAGGGCUAUGGCGGUUGUGGGCCAAAGGAGUUGUAUAAUCAUGUUACCAAAUUAAAGACUGAAGUUGAAAGCUUACGUGAUGAAGAAAUCAGGCUUGAUGAAUCUAUAAGGGAAAAGCAAGAGCUUCUGAGGGCCCUGAAGGAAGAUGAAAAUAACAAAAGGCAUCUUUUUUUGAUGGAGGAAGAUAUCACAAGCCUUCCAUGCUUCCAGAAUGGAAUGCUUAUUGCAAUAAAAGCUCCUCAAGCUAGUUAUCUUGAAGUUCCUGAUCCUGAUGGGGACAUUGGUCCUCCUCAGUAUAAAAUGAUUGCUAGAAGCAACACUGGACCCAUUGAUUUGUAUCUCUUAAGAGUGGAAUCUGAAGACCAACAGAAUGAUCAAAACAAUGUUGCUGAAUUGUACAGCUCAGCAUACUCAGAAUCAUCGGGAAUUCAGAAGAUAAUUCCUUCAGAUUAUGAUAUUGAUGAUGAUUAUUGGUUUCAAUCUAAUCCUAUAGUCAGCAUUUCAGAGUUAUGGGGGACUGACAAUCAAUAGCAUCCAAACAGUGAGAUUCACAAAGCUUUUGAAUAAUUUGAAGGCCUAACAUGCUAUCAGCCAGGAUGAUGCAUGUGUUCAUCGGGUACUUUUAUCAAUUAACAGCAAAGAUUUAGAUCUGUCAGAUGGCUUUCUUGAUGCUUCUGGGAAGAGACGGUCACUAUUGUGGUUGCCUUGUUGGUACGAACGUUCGUAUGUUAAAAGGAAAAUCAGGUGGUUGGUUGUUUAAGAUGAGUUCAGGGGUACUUUUUAGAAGUUUACACCCAGUUAGAGCUUGCAAGUGUAAAUUUUGUAGGUAGUUAGAGUAUAGUAAUUAGCUAUUUAACCCUCUCUUUCCCUUCAUAUGGUCGUCAGGUGUCUUUUACUUCUAAUAAAGGGAACCCUUAAUCAUGAGGUUAAUUUUGGAUUUGUAUACAAGAAGUAGAUCAGCUUCUGUUAAGAUUAAUUGGCAGAAACUAGCAAGUGUGCUUUGGAGAAUUUAAUUGCAAGUAUUUCGGGCUGAAGCUGUGUUGACAGUGAAAAAUGUCAUUUUCGACUAAAGUCAAGUUUCUGUCUGGGUCGUUUAACUAUUCUGGACGAAUUAUUCAAUAUAUCAUAUGAAAAUUUACAGUGUUUCACUAUAUAUUAUUA